AGCCAAUCAUUGAUGAGAAAAUCCCCGGAAGUGGCUGGAGGUAGGAUUCAGCGUGUCUAGGACCCUGCGAGAGUGGGUGAGGGACGCAGCGGGCGGCGAGAUGUACUGGCCCAGCCUUCUCCGUGGCCUCAGCUCGUCCCUCAGUCGCGGCCUGGCCGUUGUUCCCCAGCUCUGGGCCAGCCGCUCCAUGGCUACCCUGAACCAGAUGCACCGCCAGGGCCUCCGGAAGGAACCCCCUCGGCGUCUGGGCGCCACCGAGGGCCGGCCUCAGUUGAAGGGCGUGGUGCUGCGCACCUUUAUCCGGAAACCCAAGAAGCCCAACUCGGCCAACCGCAAGUGCUGCCGCGUGCGCCUCAGCACAGGCCGAGAGGCCGUCUGCUUCAUCCCUGGGGAGGGUCACACAUUGCAGGAGCACCACGUGGUCCUCGUGGAGGGUGGCCGCACUCAGGACCUGCCUGGGGUCAAACUCAAAGUUGUGCGGGGCAAAUACGACUGUGGCCAUGUCCAGAAGAAGAAGUGACCGCCUUUCACAGUGGCUGGGCACCCGGUCCUCAGAAGCUGGCUCUUCCUGCUCCAGGGGCAGUGGGUCUUGGGUUCAGAUUUCACUCCUAGUCAUCAAGACUGCCACUGGCCCACAGGGGUUCUGAGAGGGGACUGAAAAGAAGCAGUCAUGUGCCAACACCCUUGGCUUUUGUGUUCAGUGUUGGUGAGAGGAACCUCUUCUGUCAAGCAGGAAUUGUAUAAUAAACACAUCUGCAGGUUGUGA